AUGGCGUCUGAGAGAAUCCAUUCGCUUUCUUCGCAAUAUCUACAACUAACAACCAAAAUAGCAGAAAUUGAGUGGGUCGACUCACAAUUACUCGAACAAACCAAUUAUCUACAAGAUUUGCAAGUAAAAGUUGCGGUUAAACGUAGUGAACUAGAUAAACUUCGUGAGAAAACAAAGAAAGAAUUCCAAGAGGUACAAAAUUUAAAACACUUCACUGUGAAGCGAUUGGCUGCACAAUUAACAAAUCGAUUGGAAAAGAAACUUAAAAAAGAAGAAACUGAUUAUUUAGCUGCAUUUGAAAAAGAACAAAAUGAGAAAACAACUUUGGAAAUGUUGGAGAAUGAGUUACGAGAAGCUACUCAAUUGAAUCAAAUAUUGACGUCGCAGAAGAAAGAAUUGGUCUCUUUGAAAGAUCAAUUGAAUAAUCUAGUUGACUCUGCAUUCACUGAAUUAAUGCCUGAAGGUCCUUUAGAAAUCGAAGUUGGUACACUUUAUGCUCAGUUUAAUCAGGUUGCGGUAGAUGUAAAUCGCUAUCAGUCAGCCGAAAAACACAUAGGAAAUGCGCGAAUUACGCUUUCUCAAGCAAUAAAAAGUUUACGUCAAGCUCAUCAAUAUAAUUCAUUGGAUAUGUAUUCUCAUAACAGGAUUGCAGAUUUCUUUGAACGAGGAAGUUUGGCUGAUGCGCGUAAAUAUUCAAUGCAAGCCCAAGUUCAAAUAGAUCAAGCAAGACAAUUUGUACCCGAAAUACGUUAUAUGAAUGUGACUCAAGGAAAUUUCGUAUUUGGUGUUUUAUUUGAUAAUUUUUUUGUGGAUUAUUAUAUAAGAUCAAAAAUUGAAUCUUCAUUAAGAUCUCUGUUAAGCCAUUUAACACAACUAGACAGUGUAUACCAAUGGCUUCAAAAUAACAUAUCAAAUCUUGGAAACAUUUAUACGCAGAUGCAAAGCACUUACAUUUCAAAACGUCAAGAGCUGUCGAAAGAACGAAUUAAAAUGUUUGAAAGAGUUUUGAAUCCUAAUAAUACUACAUCAUCAAUACCUAAUGCUAGCGACAUACCAAUUGUAAGUAGUAGUAAUUAUGAGGAGGAUGACGAAUUGCCCAGUUAUGAUGAAGCAUUAAGACAACCUACUUUUAUGUAA